AUGUUGUCCCAGCCAAACCCCUACGACAGUGUCGACACCGCUAAUCUCUAUACGGUAGUGUUCAAAAAUCUCUUCGAUAAAGACUCGAAAGAACUGGAGACUCUUCUGAAAGCAUGUGAAAGGGAUGGCUUCUUCUAUCUCGAUCUUCAGGAUUCGAGCUCUGCGAAGCUGUGGAGGGAUUUGGAAAGGGCGAGCGAGAUCGCUAAGCGCUGGUUCUCGCAACCUGUUGAGGUCAAGCUGAAAACCCCAACAGUAUCGUUGGCACAUGGAUUCAAGGCUACUGGUAAUCAAUCCGGGGCAGUGAAGUCGCUGAAAGAUGGGUUUGAAGCGUUAAAGAUUGGGAGAAGCGAACUCCUCGGCCGCUGGGCUCUGCCAUCAGUCGUCGAAGAGAAUCUACAGCUAUUCGAUCAAUUCAAUGCCUCAUGCCACUUCAUUCUAAAAUUACUUCUGGACUGCCUGUCAGACGGCCUAAACCUCCGAGGAGCAGCCCGCCUAGACACCCACCACCGCGAUGACGCACGCUCCAAAAGUACCCUCUACUUCCUGCACUACCCCCCAGGAACGCAGAACCUAAACGAAGUAGGUCAAAACAUGCACACUGACAUCGGCACACUCACCCUCCUCUUCGCACCGCAAUGGGGUCUUCAAGUCGUAUCACCAGUGACGGGAGCAUGGGAGUACGUACGACCUCGCGAUGGCCACGCAAUCAUCAAUGUUGCGGAUACGUUGAGAUUUCUAUCUAACAAGCGGUUUCGCUCGGCUUUACAUCGUGUUCUUCCUAUUGGGGGCGUGCAGAAGGAAGAUCGGUAUGCUGUUUCGUAUUUUCUUAGAGCGGCGGACGAUACGGAGUUUAAGGAUAGUAAUGAUGAGGAGUCAAAUGCUAAGAGUUGGUAUUUGACAAAGUAUCAUACGUAUGAGUUGCCGCAUGAUGUUCAGGGAGAACAGACUGUGCUAUCGGGGGGUAUGGCGCAGGAGUUACAGGUGACAUUCUGA